AUGUCGGCAAACGCUAUGGUCGCCACAGACUUGCCUCUCAAGCUCAUCGCCAAGGGAAAGGUCCGCGAUGUCUACGAUGCUGGUCUCGCCAACGGUCCUCACGCAGGUGCGAUUCUCUUUGUCGCAACCGACCGAAUCUCUGCCUUCGAUAUCGUUCUUGAGAACGGCAUCCCAAACAAGGGCAAGCUUCUCCAUGCACUCUCCACUUUCUGGUUCGGCCUCUUGACACCAUCCCUCAUUGAGUCGCACAUCAUCGCCACAGACUACGCCCAGUUCCCGAUGGAGCUCCAACAGAAGCUCGAAUCGGUCAAGGAGCAAGUCGAAGGUCGUUCCAUGCUGGUUAAGCGUGCCAACGUUCUCCCUAUCGAAGCUAUCGUGAGGGGUUACAUCGCCGGCAGUGGCUGGGCAGAAUACAAGCGCACAGGUACCGUUCAUGGCAUCAAGCUCCAAGAGGGCUUGCAGGAGAGUCAGGAGAUCCCCAACGGUCCACUUUUCACUCCGAGUACAAAGGCUCAACAGGGAGACCAUGAUGAGAAUAUUCACCCUGAUAAAGUCGAGCAAAUCAUCGGCGCAGACCUGGCCAAGCAGAUGGCUACUGCGGCUGUCUCUCUCUACUCCAAAGCUGCCGCCCACGCCAAGUCUCGGGGCAUUAUCCUAGCCGAUACCAAAUUCGAAUUCGGUCUGAUCCCUUGCUCCUCCAACCCAGGUCAAGAGGAGAUGAUCUUGGUCGACGAAGUGCUCACUGCAGACAGCUCGCGUUUCUGGUCGGCGGAAAAAUACGCUGUUGGUCGUGGUCAAGAUAGUUUCGACAAGCAAUACGUGAGGGACUGGUUGAAGGCGAAUGGAUUGGAUAAGGCUGCUGAUCAAGGUGUGCCUGUUACAUUACCGGAUGAUGUGGUUAAGAGGACAGAGGACAAGUAUAUGGAGGCCUAUGAAUUGAUUACUGCUCACAAGUAUCACAACUAA